AUGGGUAAUAGAGCAAGUUCCUCGUUUGGAAAAUCAAGAGGCCGAUGUGUUGGCCAAAGCAGCAACACUGAGGAAGGAGAGUAUGUGUUGAGAGAGAUACAUGAAGGUAUUUGUGGGGCACACAUAGCUCCUCGCAUGUUGGCCAAGAAAGCAGUGUUGCAGGGCUACUACUGGCCCCUAAUGGUCAGGCAAGCAGAGGAGAUAGUAAAGAAAUGCGAAAACUGUCAGAGGCAUCAGAACAUCCGACAUGCUCCCACCACAGAGCAGUGUCCUAUUACCAUGGCAGUAGAUCACUUCACAAAGUGGCUCGAGGUAGAGGCAGUGAGCACCAUCACAGAAGCCCGGAUCCGGGAUUUCUUCUGGAGGCAAAUUGUGUGUCGCUUCGGUAUACCCAGAGCGUUGGUAACUGAUAACGGAAAGCAGUUCAACUGCCGAGCCUUCAAGGAAUUUUGCAACGACUUGCACAUUGACCUGCGUUUCACUUCAGUGGUUCACCCGCAGAGCAAUGGGAUGACCGAAGUAACCAACCGGACGAUCCUAAAAGGGCUCAAGGCCAGGCUAGGGGAGUUCGAUAGACAGUGGCUGGAAGAGCUACCGAAGGUCAUAUGGGCUUACAGAACAACGCCAAGGGCGGGCACAGGAGACACCCCGUUUUCUCUGACAUAUGGGUGCGAGGCAAUGAUACCGGUGGAAAUCGGGAUGCCAACUCUAAGGGUCCAGUUCUUCGAUGAGGCUAAGAACGAGGAAGAACAGAAACUAUGCCUGGACCUAUUGGAAGAACGAAGAGAGCAGUCAAAAUUCUCAAAAGCAAAAGUUCAUUCAAAGAAACAACAUUCAGAGAUAACAAAGAAAACACAAACAUUCAGACAAGGAAAAAAUAUAUAA